UCGUCUAAACCUACUUCCAGAGAGGCUAAGCGCCCUGCAGAGUCCCUGAGGGGCAAGAUGGAGGAGCUGCAAGGAAGAGGUUGGAGGCUUCAGCCCUGUGUCUUCCUCCUGCUCGGUCUUGGCCACGUGGUGUCAAGUGAGAAGAAUUCUUGCCAGUGAAGACUGAUUCCUCCAGGAAUAGUCUGUGAGGCUUGAAGGGAAAAUUGGAAUGCAAGGGGAAGGCUGAAAGGAGGCUGGACUUAUUUAGCCCAACCCUGCCUCCCCAACCACCUCUCCUUCCCUGUCUGGUCCCUGAAAUGCAUGUGUACUGACACUGCACACACCACAGGAUGUGCACAGGCCUGUGCCUGGGAUGGUGUACGCGGGUCAUCGACGGUGUGACCUACCCGGCGACUGUCAAGGAGAAGGCUGCGGCCCAGGAGCAGUACAGUAUGGCUGUGAGCCGAGGAGAGAGUGCCGGCCUCAUCAAGGCCACCGGGAGAAAGAUGGAGGAGUUCCAGGUGUCGGUCAGUGUGGCUCCUGCUACCAAGGUCACCUUCGAGCUGGUGUAUGAGGAGCUACUCAGGCGGCAUCUGGGGGUAUAUGAACUCCUGCUCAAAGUGCGGCCCCAACAGCUCGUCAAGCACCUGCAGAUGGACAUUCACAUCUUCGAGCCUCAGGGCAUCAGCUUCCUGGAGACAGAGAGCACCUUCAUAACCAACGAGCUAGUAGAUGCCCUCACCACCUCAAAGAAUUCGACCAAGGCUCAUAUCCGCUUCAAGCCAACGCUCUCCCAGCAGCAAAAGUCUCCAGAUCAGCAGGACACAAUCCUGGACGGCAACUUCAUUGUCCGCUAUGAUGUGAACCGGACCCAUUCUGGGAACUCCAUUCAGAUCGAGAAUGGCUACUUUGUGCACUACUUCGCCCCAGAAGGCCUGCCCACCAUGCCCAAGAACGUGGUCUUUGUCAUUGACAAGAGUGGUUCGAUGAGUGGCAGGAAAAUCCGGCAGACCAGAGAAGCCUUAAUCAAGAUCCUGAGUGACCUCAACCCCAAAGACCAGUUCAACCUCAUUGUCUUCAGUGAGGAAGCAAACCUGUGGAACCCAUUACUGGUGCCAGCCUCAGAGGAGAAUGUGAACAAGGCCAAGAGCUAUGCUGCCAGCAUCCAGGCAAGGGGAGGAACCAACAUCAACGAUGCCGUGCUGGUGGCUGUGCAGCUUCUGCAGAACAGCAACCAGGCUGAGCUGCUGUCUUCUGGGAGCAUCUCCCUCAUCAUCCUGCUCACUGAUGGCGACCCCACCGUGGGGGAGACCAAUCGCACACAAAUCCAGAAAAACGUGCAGGAAGCCAUAGGCAGCCAGUAUAGCCUCUUCUGCCUUGGCUUUGGCUUUGAUGUCAGCUAUGCCUUCCUGGAGAAGCUGGCACUGGACAAUGGCGGCCUAGCUCGGCGCAUCUAUGAAGACUCGGACUCUGCCCUGCAGCUCCAGGACUUCUACGAGGAGGUGGCCAAUCCACUGCUGACAGAGGUGGCCUUCGAGUACCCAAGCAACGCUGUGGAAGAAGUCACGCAGAACAACUUCCACCUCUUCUUCAGGGGUUCAGAGAUGGUGGUGGCUGGAAAGCUCCGGGACCAGAGUCCCGAUGUGCUCUUCAGCAAAGUCAGAGGGCAAAUGCACACGGAGAACAUCACCUUCCAGGCGGAAUCCAGCACAGCUGAGCAGGAGGGCUUGUUCCAGAGUCCCAAGUACAUCUUCCAUAAUUUCAUGGAGAGGCUCUGGGCAUACCUGACCAUCCAGCAGCUGCUGGAGAAGACUGUUUCAGCAUCGGAUGACAAAUCUAAGGCCCUCAAGACUCGAGCUCUGAAUUUGUCACUCAGCUACAACUUUGUCACUCCUCUCACAUCUAUGGUAAUCACCAAACCUGAAGGCCAAGAACAGUCUCAAGUUGCUGACAAGCCUGCGGAGGACCGUCGCCUUUCCAAAUUGCAUACCAUGGGAAGAGGACAGUCCAGGAUACCAGGAGCUUCUAACUUCCCUUCGAGUUUCGGAGCGGUAGCUCUGGGGGUCCCUGGAAACUAUCGACAAUCUGGUCAUCUUUCCCAGCUGUCUCAUCACUCGCGUUUCUACCCACAUCCGAACGUGGAGAGGCUGAGGGACACGUCCCACAUGAUGCCGAUUACAACGCCAUUGAUUUCCUCAGAUUUGACUCAGAAUGUGUUGGAUCAUCUGAAAAUAAAAAACAAAGAAACAACUACAAUAGCCCCAUCUCCAGCUUCUGGCCAGGUUCCUGCCAUCAUCCUGCCACUGCGUGGGCCCAGUGGGGACCGACUUUGCGUGGACAUCAGUCAUUCUCAGGGUCCCAUGGACCUGCUUUCAGACCCUGGCCGAGGGCUUGAGGUGACUGGCCAGUACAAGAGACAGAAGGCUGGGUUCUUCUGGGUCGAGGUGACCUAUAAGAACCCCCAGGUGCAGAUUCAUGUAUCCCCUGAACAUGUGGUGGUGACCCGGAACCAAAGACGCUCUGCAUACAAGUGGAAGGAGACACUGUUCUCAGUGUUGCCUGGCCUGGAGAUGACCAUGGACAAGACAGGGCUCCUGCUGCUCAGUGGCCCAGACAAAGUGACCAUUGGCCUGUCAUCUCAGAAUGACCCCGGGAAGGGGCUCCUGCUCCUUCUGCGUGACACUGACCACUUCUCCAGCCAAGUCAGCGGGACCCUCGGCCAGUUUUACCAGGAUGUGCUCUGGGAGCCACCAGCAGCUGCAGAUGACAGCAGACGCAUGCUGAGGGUUCAAGGGAAGGACUACUCUGCCACCAGAGAGCUCAGGUUGGAUCACCACGGAGGGACAGAGAUUUCCUGCUGGUCGGUGGAGCUGUAGUUCAGAUAAGAGGAGCCCAUGCCCUACCCCUGCCGCCCUGUUGUGUGCAAGUGGCUGUCACUCUGUGGCUGCAGGGUCACCUGUGGGGCCUGGAUCACAAUAGGAAGGGGGUUCCCACUUGUUACAAAUAAAGAUGGUGUGACCUAGGAA